CCGUUUUCUCUCUCCUCUUUGUUCUCCUCGUCCCACCAUCCUCUAUCACACAGCCAACAGAUAUAUACAUGUAAGAUGUAUAUUAGCAGGGAGGAGGACCCUUGCUGUCAUGUGAAAACAUGACAAUCCUGCCUUCUAUAUCCUUGGUCUCCAUUCUGUUUCUCUUCUCUUUAUUUGCCUUCCACAUCUCCUGGCUGUCUUUUGCUAGAUCUGCACCCCACACUCACUGCAACGGGUCCAAAUGUGGUGUUUUCCCGAAGUGCUACAGAUCGGAUCUUAACCCAUUGGUCCGAUCCUCUAACCUUGCCUGUUCAUUGCCUCGCUGUUUGUUUCCAUCUCAACCUUGGACUGUUCCAAUCCUUCUCGCUGGGCCAUGCUCAGGUCCUGAUUCAUGGGGCUAUAGCUACUGCGAUUUGCUCGUCUCAUCUUUCUGUCAGCUGCAUCUUUCGUGUCAUACACGCCAUUUUGCUUGGGCUGUACCCGCGCACAUACUAAUCAGAUGACAGUGCAUUCUGAGCCCCACAGCACGACUGGCCUGCUGUGCCCGCUGCAGAGAUUAAAGACCUGGAUCCCACUGCUUCUGCCGUGUGAUCGCAUCCUCUCACGCGGCGUGGAGCACAAGAAACCGCCGACAAGCAAUAGGCUGGCGCACCUGAUGCGCCUCAAACCACCGCCUUCAUGACAGAAUCAUACGAUCCCGAUGAAAUGCCCGGUUCUCCCGGGCUGAAAGUCACCCGGGUCGAUUACUCACUCAAGGAU